AUGGGAAAGCCAACGGACAACACAGAUGCGACUCCAGCACGCCCACCACCCUCGUUGAAGAAGCAAGCCUCGAGUAGCACCCAACGAUCGAUACAAAGUUUCUUUACCAAAUCAUCUCCUGCCAAUGGGUCUUCUGUAUCCACUCCGACGAAUGGCGCCUUGAAGGUUAAUGGCACUGGUAGUGCGGUGAAUGCAAUGGCGAAACCCAAGUCUGUCGCCUGUGUAAAGAAACCUGCAUUCAAAAAGCCCGCCAUGAGAAAUGCCACUCCGGUGGCUAGCAGCGAUGCCGCCGGACCGUCCAGCUCACAGGAGAACGAGAAUGGAGGAAUUGACGACGAAGACAUGCUAGCAUUACUAUCGCCGGCGAAGAAAGUUGCAAAAAAGGAAAUAGAUGAGACGAGCAUGGUGAAACUGGGCAGCAGCCCCUCGCGCAAGGCAAAGAAGGUGGUCAGUUAUGCAGAGUCCGACGACGAUGAUGACGACGAUGCGUUCGACCCCGCUGGAAUAAAAUCAAGGCCGCCGAGAUCUAGGAAGACAAAGAUACUCCCAGAAAGCGAAGAUGAGGAUAUCUUUGUGGCUGGCGACGAUGCACCUCUGGAUGAUGAUGCAGAUAUGGACGAUUUUGUCGUUGACGAUGAUUCCGAUGCUCCAGUGAAACGCUCAACUAAGCGAAAGCGUCCAACAACAGCGAGCACUUCGCGUAAAAGAUCAAACAUCUCUCCUCCCACCUCUUAUACUCAGACUCAAGAUGACGAUGAGGUUAUUCCCGGAACCUCUACCGCCCAGCAGUGGAAAUAUGAUCCCGAAAAUACAGAACCACUCCAGCCAAGAUCGGCAAACAUUCAGAAAAGGCCAACAUCUGGGAAGCAAAAGAAGGAAAAGGCAUGCAAAAGUGAGCCCGAGAAGAGGUAUACUUGGUUAGCGAAGCUUGAAGAUCUUGAUCGAAAUCCAAUCGGGCAUCCAGACUACGAUCCUCGUACGGUCUAUAUUCCCCCGAAUGCGUUUGCAAACUUCUCUCCUUUCGAAAAGCAGUACUGGGAGAUAAAACAGAAGUUCUUCGACACCAUAGUGUUCUUUAAGAAAGGAAAAUUCUAUGAACUCUAUGAAAAUGAUGCGACAAUUGGCCAUCAGCUCUUCGACCUAAAGCUUACUGAUCGCGUAAACAUGCGAAUGGUGGGUGUGCCAGAGAUGUCUCUGGAUCACUGGGCGAACCAAUUCGUCGCGAAAGGCUUCAAGAUAGCCCGUGUUGAUCAAAUGGAGUCCGCACUUGGCAAAGAGAUGCGCGAAGCAGACGAUGGAGGCAAGAAAGGAAAACCCUCCAAAGCAGAUAAAAUCAUCAGGCGAGAGCUAGCCUGCGUCCUAACGGGAGGAACUUUGGUUGAAGGAAGCAUGUUGCAAGAUGAUAUGGCGACUUUCUGUGUUGCUAUAAAAGAGUCUGUCGUAGACGAUCUCCCAGCCUUUGGAAUCGCUUUCGUGGACACGGCCACCGGACAGUUCUUCCUCUCCUACUUCGUGGAUGAUGUGGAUUUGACAAAGUUUGAAACGAUCGUAGCACAAACUCGGCCGCAGGAGCUACUGCUGGAAAAGUCAUGUAUAUCUACCAAGGCACUGCGGAUAUUGAAGAACAAUACCGGUCCAACGACGAUUUGGAAUCAUUUCAAACCUGGCAAAGAAUUUUGGGCAGCUGAUGUUACUAGACGAGAACUUGAUUGUAGUGGGUAUUUUACUACCGACGAACCUGGUGGAAAAGAGGUCUGGCCGGAAAAUCUGGAGAAAGCCAGAGACAAUGAUCUGCUCAUGUCCUCUUUCGGUGCCCUCACUCAGUAUCUUCGAACCCUUAAGCUCGAACGCAAUCUACUGACCCAAGGCAAUUUCACAUGGUACAAUCCCAUUCAAAAGGGAACGACUUUAGUUCUCGAUGGUCAAACACUUAUUAAUCUGGAGAUUUUCGCCAACACCUUUGACGGUAGCACGGAUGGUACACUUUUCGCAUUGCUCAAUCGCUGCGUUACUCCAUUUGGCAAGCGGAUGUUCCGUCAAUGGGUGUGCCAUCCAUUAGCAGAUGCUUCAAAGAUCAAUGAGCGGCUCGAUGCUGUUGACAUGAUUAAUGCAGAUCGGAGUCUUAGUGAUCAGUUCAUCUCUUCCAUGACUCGAAUGCCAGAUUUGGAACGGUUGAUAUCUCGCAUACAUGCAGGUGUAUGCAAACCGGAUGACUUUGUCCGAGUAUUGGAUGGAUUUGAGCAGAUCGAGUACACCAUGAGUCUUCUAGGCGCAUUUGGUGGCGGGGCCGGUAUCGUGGACAGAUUGAUUAAUGCUAUGCCAGAUCUCAGCGAGCCAUUGAAGUGGUGGAAAACAGCAUUCGAUCGAUCAAAAGCCAGAGAAUACAAGCUGCUUGUACCUGAACGUGGAAUCGAGGAAGAGUUCGACGAGAGCCAAGACAACAUUGCAGAAGUUGAAGCUGCACUCCAAACACUACUCCAAAAGGCACGAAAGCAAUUGGGUGGCAAUAGCUCAAAGAUCAAUUUCAAAAAUAUCGGUAAGGAAGUUUAUCAGAUCGAGGUGCCUACGUCUAUCACGGUCCCCAAAGGUUGGAGCAUGAUGUCCACCGCUGCUGGAUUCAAGCGGUAUUACAACCCUGAAUUGAAGGGUCUUAUCCGACAGUUACAAGAAGCGCAAGAGACACAUGGACAAAUUGUCAAGCAAGUAGCUGGACGCUUCUACAAACGGUUUGACGAGAGUUAUGCCACAUGGUUGCAGGCUGUCAAAGUUAUUGCCCAGCUCGAUUGUCUGAUCAGUUUAGCGGCAGCUUCAGCAGCUCUUGGCGAACCAAGUUGUAGACCUACGUUUGUUGAAGCAGAACGUAGUGUUGUUGAGUUUGAAGAGCUACGGCAUCCAUGCAUGCUUUCGAAUGUUACCGAUUUCAUUCCAAACGAUGUCAAGCUUGGUGGGGAUGCGGCAAGCAUUAAUCUGCUGACUGGUGCUAACGCUGCUGGAAAAUCGACGAUCUUGCGAAUGACAUGCGUUGCUGUUAUAAUGGCUCAAAUCGGUUGCUAUAUUCCCUGUGUAUCUGCUACACUCACGCCUUGUGAUCGCAUCAUGUCUCGACUCGGAGCCAAUGACAACAUAUUCGCAGCACAGAGCACAUUCUUUGUAGAGUUAUCGGAAACUAAGAAAAUCCUCUCAGAGGCAACACCUCGCUCGCUUGUGAUCUUAGAUGAAUUAGGCCGCGGUACAAGUUCUUACGAUGGUGUUGCAGUGGCCCAAGCUGUCCUUCAUCACGUCGCAAGUCAUAUAGGCUGCACCGGCUUCUUCGCAACACACUAUCAUUCUCUAGCCACCGAAUUCUCGGGGCAUCCAGAAAUCGCACCAAAACGAAUGCAGAUCCACGUCGACGAAGCGAAUCGAGAAGUGACCUUCCUCUAUAGACUCGAAGACGGCGUAGCCGAAGGAAGUUUCGGUAUGCAUUGUGCGGCCAUGUGCGGAAUCCCUACGAAAGUCAUCGAUCGAGCUGAAAUUGCAGCGAAGGAAUGGGAACAUACGAGUCGUUUGAAGGAGAGUUUGGAGAAGGCGAGGAGUGGUUGCUAUAUCCCGCUUGGGGUGCAGAGUGAUGUCUCGUGGAUACUGAAUGAAGAUGGCGAAGGCUUUGACGAGAGGGGUCUUGAUGUUCUGAUGAAGGCUAUCGAAGCUUUGUAA